AGCUUUCACGAUCCAAGCUAACUGUACACGAUGAAGAAAAGCUCUACCUCGACUGAAGUUUGUCCUACCAACAAAACACUUUACUUGGAGGUGAGGAGAAUGUGUUGUAGUUAAAGACAACCAAUAACCAGGCUGAUGACGUUACCGCUGGGCUCGAUGUGGCUGCUGUUGGCAUUCUCUCUGGUGUUUACUCCUGUGUCUGUCGGAGCUUGUUCUACUCAAGAGUUUAGGUGCUCCCAGGGCCUAUGUGUGCCUGAGGACUGUGUGUGUGACUUCACCGACAACUGUGGAGAUGGUAGCGACGAGGGAGACUGCUCCAGAUAUAAGAGGUGUGACUUUGAGGAUGGAUUCUGUGACCUGAUCCAGAACUCCAAAACGCUCUCUGGAUGGACCAUAACAGCUGAGGUCCCGGGACUUAAACAAGACCAGACCAGGAACACAUCAGCACAUUUCCUGUCCCUUUUACCUGUCCGUGGAAGCAGAACCACUGCAGACCUGAAGAGUCUCAUCUUCCUGCCCAGUCAGAUUUGCCAGAUGAGAUUUUACUAUUAUGUUGGGGCAAAACAUGGAGAUCUUCAGGUCUUGGUUCAGUCUCACUCACUGGGUCAGAGCACAGAGGUGUGGAAACACUCCACAAAACCACAGAUAAAAACGUGGCAGCGUGCAGUGAUCACGUUUUCCAGCAAUCACAGUUUUCAGGUGGUGAUUCGAGGGGAACCUUCAGCUGAAAGCAAAAGCUCUGAGGUCCUUGCCAUCGAUGACCUAUCCUUCAGUCCCGGCUGUGUGACUGUGCCUGAGAGCAGUGUACCUCCUCCUGUUUGCCCUCCCUCGUCGUUUGCCUGUGGCAGUGGCGAGUGCAUCGAGGAGAGCAAAGUGUGUGACUUCACCCCACAUUGUCCCCAUGGAGAGGAUGAAGCCAGCUGCCCCUCUGAGUGCAACUUUGACAGUGGAUCUUGUGGCUGGUACGAGCUCACCCUUGGUGAUGGCUUUGACUGGGUCAGGGGCUCUACUGUGGACGUACCUCUAGACUACCACCCACCACCUCUAGACCACUCUACAAACAGCACUGAGGGCCACUUCAUGUUUAUAUUGAAGAACAGUAGCAGUCUUUAUCCAAGGGCUGUUCUCCGCGGACCCUGGUUCAAACAAUCAGCCUCUGGGUGUACCAUGACCUUUUGGCAUUAUAACUCAGGGAUGUCCGUGGGGGCUGCAGACAUGUACCUUAGAAUCAAUGGAGUUCUAAACAACACUGUUAUAUGGACGACUGUGUAUGACCAAGGACCCCGUUGGAAUCAGGUCACCGUACAGCUGGGACGCAUCACCCAGCCCUUCCAGAUCGCUCUGGCUAAAAUCAGCCUUGGAUUAUUUGAUGGGGUCUCCGCCUUGGAUGAUAUCACCUUCAAGAACUGUUCACUGCCCCCUGCAGCGGUGGUGUGCCCCGCACACACACAUUUCCACUGCGUGCACACCAAGGCAUGUGUGGAUCACUUGCAGCGCUGUGACCUUGUGGAUGAUUGUGGGGAUGGAUCUGAUGAGGAGGGAUGUUCUCCAGAGCUGCAGUGUAACUUUGAACAUGGGCUGUGCAGCUGGAAGCAAGAACAGAGUGGAAGAGAUGUUUUUGACUGGACCCGCAUCCAUGGCCCCACUCCGUCUUUCAACACGGGGCCCUGGAAGGACCACACAUUGGGCACCAGCUAUGGCCACUACCUCUACAUUGAGUCCUCAGUGCCCCAGGAGUUCAAAGACACAGCCGUGUUGCUGAGCAGAGUCUUCCAUCCCACCCACCAGCGCAGCAAGCACCCGUCCAGCUCCCGCCACCACUGUGCUUUCCGUUUCCAUUAUCACAUGUACGGCUCACAUGUGUUCUCUCUGGCUGUGUACCUCAGGACCAGCGCUACAGGGAAUGGGCAUAUGCUGUGGGUACGAUAUGGAGACCAAGGAAACCUAUGGCACAGAAAGACUGUCUACCUCUCCAGCGCUCGGCCGUUUCAGAUUUUGGUAGAAGGUACAGUUGGAGAUGAUUUUAAUGGAGACAUUGCCAUUGACGACCUUUCCUUCCUGGACUGCGAACCAUAUGAAGGAGAGCUCCCCACAACGAAUACCACAAACCCUGCAGUGACCACUCCAGCUCCCACAGUUCAGCCCCACAGCUGCCUUGAUGGAGAGUUUGUGUGUGUGGCACAUGGAGAGUGUGUCGCCAACAGCAAAGUGUGUGACUUCAGACGGGAUUGUUCUGAUGGUUCAGAUGAAUUAAACUGUGUGAAGGAAUGGUGCGAUUUUGAAGGCGGUGACACUUGUUGUUGGAAGGGGAUCGACUCCUCUUUGGACACAAUCCACGCAUUUCUCUGGUCCCCUGACCAAGGGGUGAGCAUUCAUGAUGGAGAACUGUACCACCGUCCUAUUAAUGACCAUACCCUAGGCGGUCCAGAGGGUUGGUAUAUGUUUGCAGACAGUUCCAACGGUGGCUACGGUCAAACCACUGACCUCCAGACACCUGUUAUCUCCUUCACUGGGCCACACUGCACCCUGGUCUUCUGGUACUACAUGUGUGGAUUCACAGUGGGAUCGCUGCAAGUGCUGUUGAAGUACGAAAACGUCACUCACGAGGUUUGGUCUCAGACUGGUAACCAAGGCAACAAAUGGAGAAGAGGAGAAGUGUUUUUGGGGUUAUCAAACAACAUCCAGGUGAUGUUUAGGGCAAAGCGAGGGAUCAGCUACAUGGGCGAUGUGGUGAUAGAUGAUGUCAGCUUCCUGCACUGCUCCCCUCCUCUUCCUUCAGACAGGCCAUGUACACCUGAGCAGUACGCCUGUGCUAAUGGCCAGUGUAUCCUUCAGGACAACCUGUGUGACUUCAUCAAUCACUGCGGGGACAACUCUGAUGAAAACCCCUACAUCUGCAAGGGCUUUAGCGGGAGCUGCAGUUUUGAGUUUGACCUCUGUUCCUGGCGUCAGUGUCGACAGGAUGACUUUGAUUGGCUGAUCAAAGCGGGCAGCACUCCUACAGUUGGCACCGGGCCAUCAACUGACCACACCCUGAGAAACCCCUCAGGGCACUACCUGUACCUGGAGGGCUCCUUCCCCCAGGCAGCCGGAGACGCCGCCCGCAUAUCAGGACCCUUACUGAGCCACAGGAGCUCUCAGUGCAAGAUGCGUUUCUAUUUUCACAUGUCUGGAGACGGCCUCGGGAUCCUCAGUGUGUACAUGAAAAGCGAAGGGCAAUUUCAUCUCUUUCUGAACCUGACAGGAGAUCAAGGAAACUAUUGGCAGAUGAGGGAGAUCCCGCUGAGCCACAACAGAGACUUUCAGGUCAUGUUUGAGGGCAAGGUGGGCCGAAGUGAAAAGGGUGACAUCUGCCUGGAUGACAUCACUUUUUCUCCAGGGUGUCUGCUCGCCUCCUCAGCUAAAGUAGAAGACAACACUCCUCCUGCAGGCUCCUGUCCUUCAGAUUUGCUCCCUUGUGAAAAUGGCGGAUGUUUUACUCAGGAUCAGAGCUGUGACUUCACAGAUGACUGUGGAGAUGGCACAGAUGAAAAGGAUUGUGGGACUUCCUGCUCCUUUGAGAACGGGCGCUGUGGCUGGAGGAGCUCCCUGGCCGAUAAUUUUGAUUGGACACUAGGGACCGGAUCUGUGAACAGCAUACGGCCUCCAUAUGAUCACACGUUAAUGGAUGAAAGCGGUCAUUUCAUCUUGCUGGAAGCCACACCAAUUGGACUCAAAGGCGAUAAGGCUCAUAUUAGGAGCUCUGUUUGGAAAGAAUCGAGCGUCAUCUGUAAACUCUCCUUCUGGUACCACAUUUCCCACAAGGCCUCAGGAACAAUCCGCCUGUUGAUCAAGACGGAGAAUGGUUUGUGGGAGGUGUGGAACAAAACUGGGCAUCAAGGGCAUAAAUGGAACCGAGCGGAGAUCCCUCUGAGGAAGCUGAGGAACUUUGAAUUGAUAUUCGAGGGCAUCCGCUCAAGGGACAUGAGUGGAGGGGCUGCCCUGGAUGACCUGGAGUUCAUAGACUGUGCCCCAAAUGUUGUGGAGCCGCACAGUUGCCCUGCAGUAACAGACUUUGUGUGCCACAGUGGCCACUGCAUUGAGUCCCACCUGGUGUGCGACAACAAGGCCGACUGUGCUGAUGAAUCAGAUGAGAUGGACUGCGCACACGUAGUCGGCUUGCCGGGUGCUUGUAAUUUCAACAUGGAUGAGACCCAGUGGGAAGACACCUGCCAGUUUUCUCAGGACGCUGAUGAUGACUUUGAUUGGAGGAUUGGUCAUAGUAGUGAAACACUAGGAACUGGACCGUACGCUGACCACAGUCCUGGUGGUGGGGGGAACUUCCUUUACAUACACUCAGCCGUUCAGAGGGAGGGUGAUGUUGCCAAGGUGACAACCAAGAAUCCAUUUCCGACCAGUAUUGGCCUGUGUCACCUGCGCUUCUGGUUCUUCAUGCAUGGCUCUGACAGGAUGGGAACGCUGAAGGUCUACACUGUUGGACCCAGUGGCACCAGUCUGCUAAUGUGGGCGGCCACUGGAGACCAUGGUAACCAAUGGAAAUACGCUAAUGUCAUCCUUUCCAACCCAGCACCUUUCAGAGUGACCUUCCAGGCAGAGGUGGGUGGAGACAUGUGGACAGACAUUGCCUUGGAUGACAUCUCCUACACCGCAGAGUGUAUGGUACAAGGACCAGUUACUCCCCAGCCUCUGACCUGUGGUGUGGACCAGUAUCGGUGUACGUACUCCUAUCAGUGUAUCCCGGAGAGUUGGAGGUGUGACAGAGAGAUGGACUGUGCUGACCAGUCCGAUGAAGAGUUUUGUCCUACUGUGGAACCUGGUACUCUUCCGCCUCAGGGUCGCUGUCCCAUUGGACAUUACCAGUGUUUGAAUGAUGUAUGCAUCCCCUCCAUACUGCGGUGUGACGGCGUCCCAGACUGCCCUAAUGGAGAGGAUGAGUACAGCUGCCGUCUGCUACAGUGUGAGCUGGGAGAACUGGUGUGUGAAACUUCGCCGGUUUGUAUCCCAGUUCAGAAGCGUUGUGAUCACUCUGCGGACUGUCUUCCUUUUCACUCUGAUGAGUCCAGCUGCCAUGAUUGCCCUCCGCUGUAUUGCCUGGAUCAUGGCUCAUGCGUUGUGGAGAAAUACGGGCCUGUUUGCAUGUGUUAUCCAGGAUGGACAGGCAACCGUUGCAAUGUAAGGGAGAAACCAUCUCUCUCUACCUCGACACCCAAACCAGAGGACACACAGCUGGACGCUGUGUAUGUUGGCAUCGCCAUUGGACUGCUGCUGCUUGUAGCCGGAGUUGCUGUCUGCACUCUGGCUGUACACAAGAAAAAACACUGCAUAAUAAAGCCCAACCCGAUGGACUAUGGAGUGAUGGAUAACCCAGCCUUUGACUGGAGAGCAGAGCCUCCUUGCCUGCAUGAAAGACCAGGCUGUUGUCCCAGACUUAACCCCAGCAGGAUUGAUGGUAGGGGCCUUACCAUCAGUGUCUACCCCUGGAGGAGGGAGGUGGAGCAGCGUUUAACCCUCAAAGAUGCCAAGCUGUCCUUCGCCAACCCAUUGUACAAUCACCCCCCUCAUGCUAAUAGCGCUGACAACAAAAGCUCUGAAGCAUAAAAACAAUGGACUUUACAUUUUGACACAGCAGUAGAUCUGGGUCCAUCAGUGUGUGCACAUACUUGUUGAGUUUGUCUUGACCUGCUGAGGUACCAAGUGGCGGGGAAACAA